GCAGCAGGCAUUCCGUGUCUGCUUUGCUGUGCUCUCGUGACUGCGUGAGUGGAAUCGCCUCGAUCCACUUCGCAGUUUUUUUUCAUCUCAGCUGAUGCAUUUAGUGGUGCCAUAUUUCUUAGUGUUCAGUCAGUACGAUUUUUCAAACGUGCUGUUUCCAUCCUCAAUCUGAGGGUCGAAGCAGUUUAGUCGUUCUCGCUCCCCAGCUGAAUCUGUGAAGCAGCAAAUCAUCAACGGCUCAGACGCUUCUGGAGCUUUAUACUUCAAGUGUUUUCUCGGUAGCCAUGAGUACCUGUGGAGUUAUCCCCGCCGUGACCCUGCACUGCAUGGGUGAGCAGGAGGCCACGGCUGUCGCGUCUGUCGCUGGAUCAUGGCAGCACAGCGACCUACAGCGCGGAUCGAAUUCCGUCCCGUCCGUCCUUCGUUGCGUGAAUGCUCAGUCGGACUCUCUGGUUCCAUCGCCUGGCAUGACUUCUCAAGCGAGUUCAGCCAAAGGUCCUCUCAUGACUGCGGACCAACCGUCAGCAACCACUGACUUAUUCACCAGCAGUUCGGCGAGUCAGCAGCGCUUGUCUCCCGACUCUCAGCUUCAGUCGCAGGAUUCACAGCUUCAGUCGCAGAACUCUCAACUACAGUCGCAGGGGAAGAGCGGCUGGUCGUCGGUGGUGGUUCUCGGGUCAGGGCUCAGCGUCACAGCCAUGGCGGGAGCGCACAUGGCGGCGUACAGAUCGCCAACAUCUCUCCUGGACUUGCUCUCGUCGCUUGGCUUCUCCGUUGAUAUCAGAGUUCUCGAGGCUUCGGCGUUCUCGCUCUGGCACGUGCCGGACGGCGCGGACCAUCAGAUGUCGCUGCUCAUCUUCUUCCUCAUGACGGCCCUCUGCGCCGCAGCCGCAGCCACCCUCAAGCUCUCUCCUCUUCCCUCGGCUCCACGGAGCAGCAUUUCCCACAGCGAGAGCGAGCAGGGCAGCACGGCUGACGCGAGCAGUGUUACUGGCCCGGAGUUUGCGGGUGACCGCGAUGGGCAGGGGGGAGCGAAGGUCGAGGCGACGACGGCGAGCAGCUCUAGCGGAGUGGGUCGCUCGUCGGCGUGGUUCUCCUUCUCCUUCUCCAGCAACUCGCUCACUCCACCACCAGCGGCUAUCACCCCCCCUCCCUGCACCCCGCCACAUGUCGUUCCUGAAGCCGUCGUUGCACGAAGCGCCACGGCACCCAGCACCAGCAGCACCAGCAGCAGCGGCGGUGGGGGUUUUUUCCCGUCCAGCAUCAGCCUGCCUGGCUACUGGUUCCCUUUCUCCUCGUCCUCCACGUCUUCUGCCUCGCCCUCCCCCUCGCCAGCACAGUCCGACUCCUCAACAGAGUCAGCGGCGGAAUCCACAGCCUGCAGCGAGGAAUCCGUCACGUCCCUGCCGACCCUUGUAGCGGCCUCGCCGCUGUUGCUCGCAGCCCCUGCCCCGUCGCUGGCCGUGUCGUCGGCCCCUGUGAGCGCGUUUCUUCGUCUGGACUCAGAGGAUGAUCUAAGCGACAUGUCGUGCGACGACGAGGAGCAGGCGGAGGAGGAGGAGGAGGUGGUACAGGAGCUAGGAGAAGAGGGGCAUGCGGGGGAUGAGAUGAAAGGGGGCCUGCCGUUGUCCCGCAGUCUGCCGAGCAGUCUUUGCCUGACGUUGCCUAGGAGCAUGAGCAUGAACAUGAGCAUGAAUAUUCCCAGCAGCAUCUCCAUGGGGCUGAGCAGUGCGAGCAGCAGCGCGUGGAGCAACGUGGCGUCGUGGUCGCAGAGCAUCAUGAAGUCGCCCGUGUCACUCUCGCUGGGGGACUCGCCUGCCGUGCUCGUCAGGAGCCUGUCGCAGCUGUUCUCUUCGGCGUCGCGGUCCAUGGCCGCUCUGCCCACUGUCUUCAGCGAGUCAUCGAUCGAGGAAAUGAGCCCCGUGUCCGAUCCGUCGCCCCUGCGCCUCAUCCACAGCGACCCCGCGGAGCUGCGGGACCGCGCCAAGGACCUCUCCCACCCCGUCGAUCCGUCCCUGUCGCUAGUGCGCGCAGCGGACUCGCGCGCGGUGCAGGCGGAGCUGCGGGAGGCGGCGGCUUUGGUGGGCACGCGGGACCUGGCGGCGCUGAUGCUGCAGCUGGACUGGUCGUACGAUGACGAGCAGGGGCCGUGGGAGGCUAUCAUUGACAAGCACAGCAGCAACGUCGAGUACAUGACGUGGCGCCGCGACCCACAGGACGGAGGCGUGACGGAGUACCGCUCGCGCAUCCGCUUCAUUGGCGCGACUGCCCGCGACACAUGCGCCUUCUACACGGACUGCGCGUACAUGCCACGCUGGGACCCCAUGCUGCGCUCCAUGGACCCCCUCCUCGCCUGCCCCCACACGGGCGUGCAGAGUGCGCGCUUUGAGCGCAAGUACCCCUUCUGCGCGCCCCGCGAGUAUGUGCUCGCCUGGCGCGUGUGGCAGCAGGGGGGCAGCGGGAAGACGGCGGGGCUGCAGGGCAGCACGGGCGCUGAGGGCGACGAGGGCGAGACGUAUUUCUGUAUCACCAAGGCGGUGGAGGACGCGAGUGUGCCCAGGAAGAACAAGCCACGGCGUGUUGAUGUGUACCGAUCAGAGUGGCGCAUGAGGGAUGUGGUGCUGCCUGACGGCAGGGUGGCAGCGGAGAUGGACAUGGUGGUGCAGGAGGACAGCGGCAUGCAGCGCGACAUGGCCAAGCUGGCGUACCGCCGUGGCGCAUGGGGGUACAUCCGUAGCACGGACUCGCACCUGCGCACGUACAUGAAGAAGUGCAUUCCCGCACACCGCGCUGGGGAGCAAGGACGCCGUGCACUGGUGGAGAAAGCAGUGGCUGCGGCAUCAGCACCUCGGGUGCUGCCUCCCCUGUCUGUGGUGAAGCAGGUGCCCUCUCAUCUGAUCCCCGAGGGUGCACCGGAUGCUGCCUUCCACGCUCAUUGCCGGCAGACAGCCACUACUCCUCCCAGCUUCACCAUGGCAGCAGCAGCAGCGGCGGCGGUGGCGGCAGUAGAUGCUCACAAGUUGCAUGCCAGUGGCACUGCAGCUCUGUUGCACACGAGCCCUGGCAAUGAUAAGCCCGCAGCUGAAAGAGCUGCAUUUGAAGGCGUGGCAGGUCAGUCGCAGUGGCCACAACAGCAGCAAAGGCGACAGAGGCGUUUCAGACCUCUGGCAGCAGUCAAGCAUUUGCUCAUGCCUGCAGCUACUGUUGCUGUGGGCCUUGGUGGUGGCUUGCUUGUUCUGAAUGGUGGAGCUGUGGGGGUUGCCUCGCAUGUUCUGCUUCUCGCGCUGGUGGUGCGACGUUCUCCUUCGACCAUUGAGCUGACUCCUCGUCAGCAGCUGUAGGGAGGGCGGGGGUGGGGGGUGGGGGGUGGGGGAGGAUUGGGUCUGUUGGAUUGUGUUGGAAGGGGAUGGUGGAUAUGGGAGGUUUGCUUGGACAAUUUUGGACAUUACUUGGCAGAGGUUUCUCAAGGAUGUCUUUGCAUAAUUGCCUGUUCAUAACUGCAACGUUUCCAUGAUUGCAACCAUCAAUGCUCAAUAAUUGCAACGCAACUAAUGCUUGCAUCUUU